GGCGCGAGAGCAGUUCACUCAGGCGCACGCUGAUUGGCUGGACGCGCCACUGGACGGAUGCAUGCGCGAAAGGCACCAAACUCUUGAGUGCAGGGGAAAAACCGCCUCAGCCUCCUUAUCAAACACGAAUAAGAAAACAUCGAAAAAUAUCUCAGGGAGCUCUGAAUGCUGUAAUCCAAGAAUCAUCUCUGCACUUUGAGGUCACAUCCUCCAAAUAAAUACUGUAGUGGGAACACUUUCCUCCCCCGGACCAGGGAGCCACACAGGUCACACUUGCUCAUAGGAAAGACAUUCCGAAUUAGCCAUGGGAAAGAAGAACCAGAACCGUGAAGAUGAUGAGGCUUCUUCCUCAGAGGAGGAAGAGUAUGUAGUGGAGAAGGUUAUGGACAGGCGAGUUUUUAAGGGCCGUGUGGAAUAUUUCCUGAAGUGGAAAGGCUUUUCAGACAAACACAACACAUGGGAACCAGAGAAGAACCUGGACUGUCCAGAGCUUAUCGCUGAGUUCAUGAAGACAUAUAAAAAGGGAAGCAGCGGAAGCACCCCCAGCAGCAAGCCCUCCAGCACAGGCUCUUCUGCGGCCCGUCCCAAAGACAGUAGCAGCAGCACCAGCAAGAGGAAAAACUCGGAGGAAGAGAACGGGAGCAGCAGCAAACCCAAAAAGAAAAAGGAGGAUGAGAUCCUUGUAGCAAGAGGUUUUGAGCGAGGCCUGGAGCCUGAGAAGAUUAUUGGAGCAACAGACUCCUGUGGAGACCUUAUGUUCCUUAUGAAGUGGAAGGACUCUGAUGAGGCAGACCUUGUGCUUGCAAAGGAAGCCAAUCACAAGUGCCCACAGAUUGUCAUUGCCUUCUACGAGGAGCGCCUGACCUGGCACGAAGACGGCGACAAGAAGGAAAAGAGCGCCACGGUGGUUUAAAGGGCAGAGGGGGGAGUCCUCCAAAUCUUAUGCCCUUUGUCACACUGGUGACACUCUCAUAGCCAACUUUAACGGACCAUUUAGUAAAAGAAAAACGGCCAGCAAGUACUGGAGGUUACAACCUCCAUCCACCAUCUCUCACCAGACAACCUGAAAGGUCGUGGCGAACGGCGGCUGCAGCAGAGCGGUGGAAUGUGAUCUCUCUUCUCUGAUCUUCCUUCUAAUUUGUGUAUUUGUGCCCCUUCAACUAUGUUCUUAUGAUGUGUUGUGCGCUAGUGUAGAUGUGAAACAGUGGAAACCCGUACAUGUCAAACUUUUAACUUUUUAUCAUUCACACGGUUGAUUUGGUAGUGUUGCUGGAAAUGACUGAAAACAUCAGUUGCGUGUGCGCUUAACAUUUAAAACGCUGGAUAAAGACGUGACAGCGUUGGUUUUAUUGCACAAGCUGAUGUCACCCACUUCACUGAUUUCUGCUUUUUUUUUUUAAACGGGUAGAAUAAAUUUUGCUGUAUCAUCAUUUUAACUUUAAUCAUGACCCUCGUAUGCCAAAAUCCUCUGAGUUUUAUUUUUAUUAUUAUUUUUGUUUCUGAUUGUCAGUAAAGCCACAUAAAGAAACUACACCUUAUAAUCGCUUCCCCAUAUUAAAUUCAGAACAUUGACGUCCUUAUUUUUCUCUGUUCUUCCUCUAACGUCUUUGUAAACUCCUACAUUAAGAAUUGGCCUUUGACUUACCUUUGAACUUCUCACUGGUGCUUGCAGGAGCGUAGUCUGUCGUCAUCAUGUGAGUGUGUAAGGGGACAUUUUUAUCUGUUUCGAAACACUUUUUCCAUGAUGCUCCAUAUGUUUAACUGGUAUGCUCCCUCUUGUGGCUGAUUUGGUGAACACUUCCUGUUUGAACUCCUGAAUCUUUCACGUGGUAGUUUAAUCAUAUGUUGGGUUCUUAUUAUUUUUUUAACAUAGAGUUGACUCAAUAAAAUGGUGUUUAUCAAGGUUA